CCGCGCUACGAAAGGAAGGACGGACGCCCAAGAUCGUGCGCGUCUCCGUCUCCGCUUAUUUUAAGCGCAGGCCGAUCUGGAGGAGAGGGAGGUGACGGCGACGGCGACGCACAGCCUUGUCGUGUCCUCUCCAUCCUCCCACUCGAAGAGUCCAGCACCACUCGGCGAACUCUGCCGGUUCCUGCGCCCGGAGCGACAGCCAUGGGGGAGGCCGCGGACCCGGCGCCGGCGCCGGCGGCCGUCACGGGCCGCGUCCGCGUGGCGCCACCGAUGCCGUGGCGGACGCGGCUCGCGGUGCUGGCCGCGGGGUACCUCACCGACGCCACCCGCCGCGCCGACGGCACCGUCAACCGCCGCCUGCUCGGCGUGCUCGACAAGGGCGUCGCGGCGUCGGCGGCCCCGCGCAACGGCGUCGCGUCCCGGGACGUCGUCAUCGACGCUGCCGCACCCCUCCGCGCGCGCCUCUUCUACCCCGCCCCCGCCGCCGCCGCCGGCGGCGGCGGCGGCUCCCGGGGGGAGCAGGACGGCCGGCGGCCUCUCCCCGUGAUCGUGUUCUUCCACGGCGGCGGCUUCGCGUACCUCUCCGCGGCGUCCCCGGCCUACGACGCCGCCUGCCGCCGCAUCGCCCGGCAUGCGCGCGCCGCGGUGCUGUCCGUCGACUACCGCCGCGCGCCCGAGCACCGCUGCCCCGCCGCCUACGACGACGGCCUCGCCGCGCUCCGCUUCCUCGACGACACCGCCGCCGCCGGCGCCGACCCGCCGCUCGACCCGUCGCGCUGCUUCCUCGCCGGGGACAGCGCGGGCGGCAACAUCGCGCACCACGUCGCGCGCCGCUACGCGCUGGACCCGUCGCGCUUCGCCGCCGUCCGCCUCGCGGGGCUCGUCGCCAUCCAGCCCUUCUUCGGCGGCGAGGAGCGCACCCCCGCCGAGCUCCGCCUCGACGGCGCGCCCAUCGUCAGCGUCGCGCGCACCGACUGGAUGUGGCGCGCGUUCCUGCCCCCCGGCGCCGACCGCGCCCACGAGGCGUGCUCGCCCGACGCCGCGGUGGCCGGCAUCGAGUCGGCCCCGGCGUUCCCGCUGGCCACGGUGGUCGUCGGCGGGUACGACCCGCUGCAGGACUGGCAGCGCCGGUACUGCGACGCGCUGCGGGCCAAGGGGAAGGAGGUGCGGGUGCUCGAGUACCCCGGCGCCAUCCACGCCUUCUACGUGUUCCCGGAGUUCGCGGACGCCAAGGACCUCAUGCUAAGGAUCAAGGACAUCGUCGCCGGCAGCGGCAGCGGCAGCGAGUGAUGACGCCGAGCUUCUGGUUGGGGGUAGCGGAUGAUUAGGUUGGUGGAUGGGUGAUUGCGUCGGGUGAGUGACUGGGGUCAGUGACGCGGACCGGGUCGUUGGGAUGUUGCGUGACGUGGACCUCAUCGAACAAGGCGCGUCAGGCGUGCGGGAUCCGUCACAAGUGUACUAGUGUGGGAUCACAGAGGUGACAUUUUUUUCCUACCGUCUCGUUUAGUUGCAUAAAAUUAAAUCUCAAAACUAUC